AAGUUUGAACAGAUUGUACGGCAGUUGUGUACUCAUAAGCAAGAUUUGAGCUCAGUUAUAACUUGUUCGCGAUUUGUACGUGAAGUAAAAUUUAUCACUUUUAGGUACGUGUUUUAUUUUGUUGUAAUUCUCCAGAUUGCAUUCAGCUGCAUGUGUUUUUAUCUCGGAUGUUUAUAAUUAAUGAUUUUUUUUCGUGCGUUUAAUCCUGUGAGAAUUAUGUUAUUAGUCGGAUUAAUUCGUUGAAUUGAUUUUUUUUUAAAAUUAAUUUUUUACUAGUGUUUAUUAGAAACCGAGUUGUUUUGUUUUAUUGAAAACAUCGCCGCUUAAAAUGGAAUGCACAGUAGCCUCAAAUUAUAACAGCGAACCGUCCAAAUCUGUCCCAACGAACGGAUUACCCUCAGUGAAAAAUGACAAAACGACCAAAUCCGGAUUAAGGGUGAAUUUCACGGAAAAAGGCGAAGUAAAAGAACGUCGUGAAAAAUUCCUAACCGCCAAAUACGGAUCUCAUCAAAUGAGUUUAAUACGUAAACGUCUGGCUGUGGAAAUGUGGCUGUACGAAGAAUUACAAAAAUUGUGCACUGAUGCUAGUAUCGCUAAAGAAAUUGAAGUUGAUAUCGACGAAUUGCUAGAUUUGGAUGAUGACGAUCAAAGAAGACAACACAUAAAGGAAUUGAUGCUCGAUAUCGCAGACGGUAUACCAGAAAAAGUCAAAAAAUUUUCAGACGAUUUGCUGGAAAAAAUGAAAACACUUUGAAAGUCGGAAAAGAGAUCUCAUUCGUUUACCAUUACUGCCUUUUUAUUAUUUACUGUCUGUAUCUUGCCACGAGAGUGUGAUAACGAAAAGGAGAAGAAACGUUCAUCUUGUACUACGAUGAUAAUUUAAAAAACAUUAUUAUAAUUGAAUACUCAUUAUUGGUAUAAAUUUCCGUGUCGUCAAACUCGCAGAUAGAUCGUCGUUCUAUUCACGUUUUUUUUUUUCUUCAAUAUGACGUACUAUAUAAAUUGAAAUUUAAUACAGAUUACAGAAUCCGUUGGUAAAUUGGUUACUAGUCAUAAUACCUCCGGAUGACACAAAUCCGCAUUUUUUUUUUGUUUUUAAUUUUGUAUACGUUUGUGUACCUCAUACUAUCGAUGUGUUUGUGUGUAAUUUAUCUAGAUACGUUUACGUUUAAAGUACACGAACGCAUAAAAAAAAAGCGCAAUUCUUCGAGUAAUUGCUAGUCAGUUAUACAUUUUUAUUGUGAAAAAUGCUGUAAAAAUGCUCAUAUAAGGUACAAUCAUAAAAACACAAAUGUAGAAAUGUUUCUAAAUAGAACCAUAAUUUUUUUAUUAGAUUAAUUUUAUAUGUAAUUUUUUUGUACUUUGUCGUUCAUUUUUUUUUCUAGAUCUUUAAUAUCAACAAAGCAUUUGUAAUCUGUUUGUUAUGCUUAAAAUGUGUUUCAAUUAGAUAUAAUUAAUUAUAAUUAAGACGCUUUUAUGGUAUAAAAAAAAAUGUAGAAUAAUUCACGAUUUUUUUAUUUAGUGCCAAAGAUAACUAACGUGUCACAGAGAAUAAAUUCAUAGCACUGAUUUUUGGAUCAGUUUUUGCUUCGUUUGUGUGUGUGUGUUUUUUUUAUACUAAAAAUAUAAUUUCUUUCUCGAAAAAAUAUAAAUGCUCAAGUACAGGAACUUAAUUAAACAUCGAAUUGUACGAUUUUUUAUAUAAAAUAGUAGGUAAUGUUUGAUCAGUGACCCGUACGUAUUGAUUGUGGUCGUUACCUAGUUUAUUAUCUCUGUUUGUAAUUGCAUAUGUACUUAUAUUUCAAUUUUUUUUUAAUUCGUUACAAGAAACGUCUCUUAAUUAUGUUUAUAAGUUUUAAUUUGUUUGUGUUUUGGUAAUUUGAAAAAGAAAACAUGGAGAUGAAGAAUUCGCGAAUCAAAAUAUUAUCAUUAUGUAAUGAUUUACGUAUUGUAUAUUUGAUUGAUGAUUUAAUAUACGACGUGAUCGUCUUAUUUGGAAAAUAUUCUAGAAUGAUGUGUUUAAAAACAAUGUACGUUUGAAGCGAACUAGUCCCAUGAUGUAUUACAAUAUUUGCAGUCGAUGUUUCAGAACACGCAAUGAAAUAAAAUUAUUUAAUGUU